GUCGCGCGCCGUUCGUGGUCCGCGGCGAACCACACAAAUCGCAUCCCACUGCGGUUGACGCGACUCACUCUCUCACUCCCCGCACUCCUCGCCACUGGCCACUGAGCUCUCCUUCUUCUUCCUGUCUUUUCAUUUCAAUCCUCCAUCAACAUUCCCGUCGCUCUCCACUCCCCACCCUAGACCCUCCACACGCGCAAGCACUCAACGCGCGACGCGUUGACGAUCGACGAAGCUUGGGUCCAACAUGAACGUGAUCGAUCUUUCCAUGUUGAGCCCAGUCUCGGACUCCCCCAGCUCCCCACCACCACCACCAGGAGGCUUGACAGGAAGCAGCAAGCGCAAGGCGGACGCCCAGGACGAAAUAGGACAUGACAUGGACAAGAGGCCCAAGCUUAGCGACGGCCUCGAGGUCAAAUCUUUCACAAUUCAUCUCUCCCAGGAUCCGUACCAGCGCAGCCUUCCGCGCCGACGUCUCCUUAACUUCGAAGGAUGGCUGCUCGAUGCCGAGGAGGCGGGGACGCCGCUUACUUCUAUUCCGGAUGAGUUCCACGAUUUGGUCGCCAUGGCGGGACACGAGCAAUCAGCGAUCACCGUCAGCAGCCUGGUGAAGAGCAUCAAGGCGGAACUUGUGAAGGGGGAAUCGAGAGACACUUUACGAAAUGAGCUUCUUACGCCGCUGGUCGAGAAGCUGUUCUCUUUCAAGCAAUACGGAUUCCGACCCUCUGAUUUCAGUGGCCUCCGAGUUCCCACGCGCAUGCAGAUCCGCUGCUGGGAGGUCAACGACCUUGACAAGUACUUCCCCGCUGACCGUGUUCUUGAGCUGAAGGCGCGCCGCGCUGAAAGGGAGCGGGCACGUGAAGAAGUCGAGCGCAUGCUUGCCUCUAUGGACAGCAUUGAGAGGAACGACUGGUUGAGGGGCGAGAAGGAGGGCAAAGAAGUCAAGCUUCUCGUCGCCACGCCUGCCGCUGGCCCGUCCACCUUCCCCGCAUCGACUUCUGGUAGCCUAAAUCGUGCCACACGCGAGACCUCAGCAACUUCGUCCAGAGAUCGCAGCGCGUCUCCAUCAGGGCGUGGUAAGAAGUUGACUUCAGCCGAGAAGGAAGAGGUGAAGCAGCGCAAGGAAGAGAAGCAGAUCAAGAAGGAGGAGAAACGCAAAGAGCUGGAGGCGAAGGAGGUACAGCGAGAAGAGAAACGAAAGGAGUUAGAAGAGAAAAAGAAGGAGCUUGAGGAAAAGCGGCAAGUCCGUGAGGAGCAAAAGGCGGAGAAGGAGCGUGCCGAGCAGAAGAAGGCGGAAGUCAAGACGAAGCAGGCGAGCAUGUUCUCCAAUUUUUUCAAGAAGGCGCCGCCGCCUCCGAAGUCGCCGGCCAAGGCUCCUGAAGCUGGGCCGUCGAAAAAGGAGCUUUCGGACUUCGAGCGGGCAUUCCCGCCUGUAGCUCAGCGGGCGAACGUGCACUGGGCGCCGAUCAACCGCUUCCAAUCGUGUCUUUCCUCCUCAAUUGAAUCUCAUACCGACGUUGCGACCUGGACCAGGAAUGAUUUCCUCCGAGACCACCUCGAGCGCCAUAAGCAGAGCCGCCGCAAUCCACGAUCCGCACGCGGACAGGGCCUCAAGUCAGAGCCGAUGUAUGGUUCUGUGGCGGAGAUGUGGGCGGAGUAUCAGAGGGCCGAGGAACCGCGAGCCGUGCUGGACGAGCUUACAAAUAAGCGCAAAUUCCCGUGGAAAACGCUUGCCUUUGACCAGCAGGCCCGUCCGCCCUAUGUGGGCACUUUCUCGAAGAGAUCACUGGCCGUGGGACCUCGAACUCCUUUCGCUCAGGAUCCCGUUUUUGACUACUCCUACGACUCUGGGGAUGACUGGCAGGAGGACGAGGAAGAGGGUGGCGACGACGUGGACGAGCCAGUUGAGGAUGGAGACGACGACGUGCCGCCUGAGGACGAGGGCGAGUUUGAUGACUGGCUUGACAAUACGGAGGACCCCAUCUUCAACGGAGCGGACGCAGACACCGCUUUGACGGACCCGACUCACCCAGCCUCUCCCAAAAAGCGUGUGCCCGUUAAGCGCAUUACGAAGCUCACACCUACCUGGACAGGGCCGAUCUGGGAGAAUGUUAUCGCGGAGACAGCUGAAGGACACGACGAGUACCGCAUCCAGCUGCUCAACGACACACCCUCGUCCAUCGACCCGUUCAAGUACCAGUCGAGCGAUGUGCAGCCUCAGUACAAGACCACAUUCAGCGACACGGCUGUGGGCAACCAGCUGCGCGUACGGUGUCUCUUGUCCGCACAACCGACCAACACGCCUCACUAUGCGCCUGCCCGUCCCCUGCCGUCGAUGCCGUUGGGUGAUGCGUCUUCCUCUGCGAAUAAAAUCACUCCCAAGGGCCGAACCCCGAAGGUCGCGUUUCCGGAGAAGCUCCUGCCCGAGUUCCUGCGCAUUGUUGACGGCAAUACUCGUAUCAUGACAGACCUCGUCUCGCAUCUCAAGAUUCGUUUCGACAAAGUGACGACCAAGGCCGCCAUUGAGGCCAAGAUCCGUGAGGUGGCUGUUCGGGAGGGGAAAAGUAAGGAUUCGGCAUGGAAAGUAAAGCCUGAGGCGUGGGCUGCUGCCGGCGUUACACCACCGAUGCGCGGCGUUCAGAAUGGGUCAUCAACAGCCGCUUAGGCGCGCACACGCAAAUGUAGAUUGCGUCACCACAGCCAUGAGACAUAAUAGUGGAGUGACCUCCUCAUCAUGCAUGUACAUCGCAUAGCUCACAA